UCGUCCCUCUCGGCGGAGCUCUUCUCGCCGCACCACCAACUUGUCACCAAAGAUGGCGAUUUGCUGAGUGCUCAUGGAUACACACAUUUUUCGGCUUGUCGUUAUCUCACCAGAAACGCCAACUUUAGAAACACGUUAACUGCUCAGCGAGCGACUCUUUCUCCGUGUGAAGCACAUCUGACUCAGCGUCAGCCGCCGCCGCCAUGCAGAUCACUCUGAAAACACUGCAACAGCAGACGAUUCAGAUUGAGAUAGACCCCGAACAAACGGUGAAGGCCUUGAAAGAGAAGAUAGAAGCAGAAAGAGGAAAAGACUACUUUCCUGUAUCCGGGCAGAAGCUGAUAUACGCCGGGAAAAUCCUGCAAGAUGACACACCAAUUAAAGAAUACAACAUCGAUGAGAAGAACUUUGUUGUAGUGAUGGUUUCCAAGGCUAAACCCGCAGCUGCCGCCUCGCCUCCGGCCUCAGAAGCACCCAAACCCCCCGUACAGGACUCUGGCUCCACGUCAACAGCUGUCCCCGCCACAGCCCCAGCUUCAGCCCCAGCCCCGACCCCCGCAGCUGUCCCCAUUCCCUCUGAGGAGGCCAAAGAGGAGCCAAGUGCCGCAGCCACAGAACCACAACAACCAGCCAGCUCCAGUGGCGGGGGUCAGGGUCUGGAUGCCUCCUCAGCGCUCGUGACUGGAGCCGAGUACGAGGCCAUGCUCACAGAGAUCAUGUCCAUGGGCUACGAAAGGGAGCGAGUGGUGGCGGCACUACGGGCCAGUUUCAACAACCCCCACAGAGCUGUGGAGUACCUCCUCACUGGUAUCCCCAGCAGCCCGGUGCAGGAGAGUAAUCCCCCGGCGCAGGCCCCCGCGUCCGGACCCACAGAAGCCCCAUCUCUAGCAGAGGGAGAGAACCCACUUGCAUUCCUGCGGACUCAGCCUCAGUUCCUGCACAUGAGACAGGCCAUCCAGCAGAACCCUACUCUGCUACCAGCUCUGCUCCAACAACUAGGCAGGGAGAACCCUCAGCUUCUACAGCAAAUCAGUCAGCAUCAGGAGCUGUUCAUCCAGAUGUUGAACGAGCCGGUGGGAGAGGCAGGAGAUGUGCCAGAAGUCGGAGAGAUGGGAGCAGCCGGGGAGGAGGGCGCACCUGUCAACUAUAUCCAGGUUACACCUCAGGAGAAGGAAGCAAUCGAAAGGUUAAAAGCGUUGGGUUUCCCAGAGGCCCUGGUGAUCCAGGCCUAUUUUGCCUGCGAGAAGAACGAGAACCUGGCGGCCAACUUUCUUCUCAACCAGGGACUGGAAGACGACUGAGCAGCGCUGCCUUCCUGCUCCUCCCUCCUACCCUCCCCCUCUUCAGCUCAGCAUAAAGACUGCACCCCCAACUUACUGUACAGCUACCAACCUCAGCUCAACCCGACAGGAGGGGAGGAGAGGGGAGAGCCAGCAGGGGGGGGCGGGGGGUGCGGGUGGGGGUGGGAUGGGAAGGGUCGGGUCGACAGGGUGGGUGGUUAGGUUACAGCGGGGCGACACGUUUAAAGUACACAAAGUGGAGGUUGUGUGCAGGAAGGUCAGACUUGGAUCAUCGGAGGUCGAGGGCGGACGUAUGAUAAAAUCCACGUGAAUUCCAAUGGAAUGUGUGGGGUUUGUCUAGGGGAGAUCUAUAAUUUGAUUUUAGACGCGCUUUGUGACAUUAGGGAGGGGGAGGGCGGCGGGGCUGAAGGGGUCUGCGACGAGAGCGUGUGCGCUUGUGUCUGCGUGUGUGAGUACAUGUCCGUGUGCCUGUGCAGAUGGAUGCGAUACAGUUAAGCUGAAAAAAACAAAACAGUAAUCAAUUUGCAUUCUCUAAGUUUGUUAAUGCUGUAGCUGGAUUGUAUGGAAGCACAUUCUCCUCACUGCACUUCAACAUUAUCAGUGUGUGUAACUGCUUGUAUGUACCUCUGUAAGCCUCAUGUACGUACGUCCAAGAAUGAAAUUUGGCAGAGAUAGACUGGAGCGUGCUGCCCUUUGUAUGUGUCUGACAUGAUGUUGCUGGGGUCUGUUUGGGGGGAACAAUGGGAACUAAACUGACAAAUAACAA